GUGGGGCAAGCUUAGGAAAGACCUCGCAUUAACAACAGAGAAAAGCAUCAGAGCCAAAGUUAAUGAGAAAGAGACAAAUUAAUACACAGGCAUGACAAUGUAAUUGGGUGGAAGACAUUUCAGGUCACCUUGCUGAAGGGGUGUCUCCUCUGGAAGAUACGGGCUGUGAUCCUGAACUCUAUAUAAGAUGGCCAAGAGCUGAUCUGCUCCAGAUUGUGCUCCUGAAGCUCAGCACUCCUGCUCCUCGCCCAGGUUGCCUCAAUUUUGUAGGGAGAUGGCCCAGCUGCAGGAAAACAUCAAUGGCAUCAUUGCUGCUUUCUACGUGUGUGCCAGAAGUGACAGCAGCUGCAGGCCCCUGAACAGGGAGAAGCUGAGGCAGCUCUUUGAGCAGGAGCUUGGGGACACAACAGAGAACCCCCAGGACCCCCAAGCUGUCAAGAAGGUUAUGUGCUUCCUGGAUAAUGAUAGCAACUGCAGGGUUGACUUCAGCGAGUUGCUCAGCCUGGUUUUCCGUGUGGCCAAGGCUUAUUACAAGCCACUCCAGCAGCACCAGGCACCAGAAGAUGGUCAAGAGGUGACAGCACAAGAGAAGGCAAGUGGGGAGCAGCCAUUGGAGCCAUGCACAGCCCAUCGUAACUGGCAGGUCCCUGAGCAGGGUGUUGGCAAUCACGUUGAGGACACUGAGACACAGGACCCAGACAACCAUCAGACCCAGGAAGGUGAGAUGUCAAAGCAGGACCAGGAUACCCAUGAAACCCAGGAAGGUGAGACACCAGAGCAGGACCAUGGCACCCAGCAGACCCAGGAGGCUGAGCCACCAGAACAGGACUAUGACACCCAUCAAGGCCAGGAAGGUGAGACAUCAAAGCAGGACCACGACACCCAUCAAGCCCAGGAGAGUGAGACAUCAAAGCAGGACCACGACACCCAUCAAGCCCAGGAGAGUGAGAUAUCAAAGCAGGACCAGGCAACCCAUCAAACCGAGGAGGGUGAGACACCAGAGCAGGACAAGGACACCCAGCCGGAUGAUGGGACUGGAGCACCAGAAAGGGAUCCAGAGAGAAGUGAAAUCCUGGACACCUCAACCCCAGAGCAAGACAGAAAUACCUAUAAGGCUGAAGAUACUGAGACACCAAACCAGGACCCCAAAAUCCACCAGGCCCAAGAAACUGAGGCACCAGCACAGAGUUCAAACCACUCUCAGAGUCCAAAGACAGAGUCCGCAGAGCAGGACCCAGCUUACCAUCAGCACCCUGAGCCCAAAGUGCUGGGGCAGGAACACAGUGGGGUAGGUGAUCCAUCUUGUCCAGCACAACAGCAACACAAUGCUCAUCAGCAAAAACAACCUGCUAUAGAGCAACAGCUCCUGGAAUCUCUGUAUCAGUGGCCACCAGAGCAGUAAAGGCUGAAACAAGCCUCCUUCUAAGUGAGGCUGUUGCUCCCUGCAAGGAGGUAAACUUUGCCCAAUCCCACCCUGGUUUUCUCAUUUCUGCUUGUCACAUCUUGUCCAAUUCCAUGUUAGCCCUGAGCUUCCCUACCUAGUGUGUACUGAGCUAUGCAUGAUGAGACCUUCCCUCUUACCCUGUGUUAGGCUA